GACAGUUAGCAUCUGACUCAUUUUAGUUCUUGAUUUCUAAUGCUGAGUUGCCAUAGGAUUCUGUGAUCAUCUGGCAAACUUGGAAAUCCCUCCCAUGUUUUGGCAGACUUGUAGAAAAGAUGGCCUUAUUAGUCUAGUAGAGAGAACGUUAAGGAUGCUGUGAAGUUUAUGUUAGUCUGAUAAGUGACAAAACCUUGGUGGCAUUUAAUAUCGGUGCUUUUUCAGAAAACUCCGUGUCCACGCAAGUACUAACUUAAAAAAAAGAACUAGAAUCCUCCUACAUUCUUAAAAGGCCUACUAUGACAGCACCCACUUCUCACUUUUCUCCCUUCUUACUCUCGCUUAUUGUUUACUUAUGGAAGUUUGCACCUGAGGUGUGGGUUUCAGUGUAGAGGCAACGUCUAUGCUAUGAAACAGUGGGAGCUAAUUGAUUGAUUCAGGGAUGACACUUGCAGCUCUUGGGUCAGUAAGUAUCAUCCUCUAACCUACGGAGUCAAAUGCAAUAGAAGAACAACUCUGCACAUGCUGUUAAACUCUUUUGCCCUCAUUUCAGAGCCCAGCUCAUUCUCUUAUCUUGUUGAGAAGCAGUGUGGUGUGACUGGGCUAAGGAAGAAAAAGAAAAGCAUGUUGUCACUUGAGACUGCCUUAGAAAUGUUACCCGGUCAGGGUUGGGUGUUUCCUGUCCUUUGGAAGAAAACAGGCCUAAACAGUACCUUCCUCAUCGUGUAGCUAUGAGGAAGGCACCAUGAUCGAGGUUAGAGAUGCUUACUUUGCUGAUUUUUGAGUGUAAAUUAAACUAACUUUAGAUACGUAAUGAAGUGAUACAAGUGAAAAGAUGCUGUAUUUUUAAGGGACCUGUUUCACAUAAACUUUGUUUCUUAACAAAUGUGAAAAACCUAAAGAAUGAAAUUGGAAAGUCAAUGAGAGAAACAGCUGUAAAAUCAGAGACCUAUAUUGAAAUUUUGUGCCUGCUUUCUGGGUUUUGUGUACAUUAUUUACUUUCUUUAAGCCUCAAUUUCGUAUGUAAAAUGGGGAAAUUAAUAUCUCAUAGAAUUAUUCCAUAGGUCGAAUAAAGGCUUUAAAGCCUUUAGCACAGUGUCUGGUCCAGAGUAGCUGCUUAAUCAGUGGCGGUUGUAUUUAUAGUAAUAACUUAAUAUUCUUGAACAUUUUACCAGGCCAAAAAAAAGGAAAGAAAGAGGAGGACAUGGGGAAUACAAAGGAGGGUAAUAAUAAAAUUAAAUGAUUAUAUGUAUAUAAUACAGAUCACAUUAGGCAGGGGUGUCAUGAGGAUUAGUGUGAUAGUGACCUUGUUGCUAAGUGCAAAAGCAAAACAAUGACAUAAAAACAAGUAGGCUAGGCACUGAGUGGAGGAGAGAGAUGGAGGCAGACACUGCAGGAAAAAAAGCUGAUUAAAAAGGGGCCUUUGAUUCCACAGGCACAAAAAUCCACAGCCAGGAAUUUGCUGCCACCUCUGAGUCAGGCAGGGGGUGGGGGUGGGGUGCACAAUCCCAUUAGUACAGAAUGCCCAGUGGAUUUAGUCUGAGAGUCACAUUUCUUAUUUGGACCAGUGUAGACAGAAGCAAACCCAGCUCACUUGUUUCCUGGGACAUUUGAGUUAGGGGAUGGCUUUCGCAGAACACUCAUCGCUGACCCCUCACCGCCGGGACCUCUGUAGCCGCUCUAUCUGGCUAGCAAGGAAGAUUCGUUCAGAUCUGACUGCUCUUAUGGAAUCUUAUAUGAAGCAUCAGGGCCUGAACGAGAACAUAAACCUGGACUCUCUGGAUGGUGUGCCAGUGGCAAGCACUGAUCGAUGGAGUGAGCUGACUGAGGCAGAACGACUCCAAGACAACCUCCAAGCUUAUCGAGCCUUCCAUGUUAUGUUGGCCAGGCUUUUAGAAGACCAACAGGUACAUUUUACUCCAGCUGAAGGGGACUUCCAUCAAGCAAUACAUACCCUUCUACUCCAAGUUGCUGCCUUUGCUUACCAACUGGAGGAAUUAAUGAUGCUCCUGGAACACAAGAUCCCCCCCAAUGAGGCCGAUGGGAUGCCUACCGUUGUUGGAGAUGGUGGUCUCUUUGAGAAGAAGCUGUGGGGCCUGAAGGUGUUGCGAGAGCUUUCACAGUGGACAGUUAGAUCCAUUCGUGACCUUCGAGUCAUUUCUUCUCAUCAGACUGGGAUUCCAGCACACGGGAGCCAUUAUAUUACUAAUGACAAGAAAAUAUAGCAGUUUUCCCUCUUCUCUCCCCCUUCCUUUUCUAGUGGAAUAUACACAGUUCCCUGAGGCCUCACUUUCCCAUUCUUAAGUUUUGAAAGUUUUCUAACCUUUUAAGACCACAGGCAUUUUCAUCAAGUAUGGUUGGAGACAUGGACAAAUGGGCAUAAGGUUUAUUGUGGAGAGUGUGUGUGUGUGUGUGUGUGUGUGUGUGUGUGUGUGUGUGUGUGUGUGUUUUGGACCAUAAGGGAGUGGGGACAAGGGCAACAUCCUUCCACUUUAGUGCUCUAACCUUUUCUACCCACUAAGUUAACCUUACAAGUAUUUAACAGUCUCACAGGAUAAAUGUAUGUUUAACUUUAGUCCUAGAUGAUUUUUCUGAGAAGACUGAAACAGUGAAUGAAAAAUCAUGGACUCUACUAGCCAAUUCAAACUCACAGAUAAUAAAAAUAGUAACUAACGUUUA